UGUGUGGGUGCUACAGUAAAUGUGAGCAAUUGAAAAUGUCCUUAAAAUAACCCAAACGCAGUUCGGCAAUAUUAAAAAUAAAUGAAACCCCAAAUGAAAAAGGAAAUUAAACAAAUAUAAAUGUAGCAAACGAUUCAAUUUCAACAUAGGAUCUAACAAAAACGGCGAACAAAAGCAAACAGAAGCUGAACCCGUGAAAAGUGAAAGCAAUUGAAAUUCGGCCAGAAAAAGACUUGAAAUAAAAUGAUUUGUUGGUGCGCGAUAUAUGAAAUAUCAACAAUUUCGGCCAAACGGUUUCCCGAUACCAUGUACAAAGCAGUGAGUGUGCGUGUGCAAUUGUGUGAGCACCUACAGAGCAAAUAAAAAAGGAAAUAACAACGAUAAAGGACGAAAAGGAUACGCGAGCUUAAAAGAAAAGGAUUUUCGACAGUCCCAGCUGACCGGAGAGGAAGCAGCAGGCACGACCCCCGGAUUAUUUUCGCCAGCAGUCCGGACAAUAAAACUGCCAGUGGUCAUAAAAAACAGCAGCCGUACACAUGGAUGUGUGUAUAUAGAUCACUGACUUUUCCAAGCACGAUGAAUGCCUGCCAAUUGGCAGCUCGUCUCCUCAACGCAGCCCUGCAGCACAGAUAGUCUAAAUGACCAGAAGAAAAGCACAACGAUCCAGAGCCACAUCCAAAUAGGUGAAGACAGUUUGAGAAUAGCUCGCCAGGUCGCUGAAUUCGAAGCUCCGCUCUGCCACGAUGGGGGAAAGCCAGCUGCUCCUGUUGCUACGGCUGCUCCUGCUACCCGCUGUCCUGCUCGGCUGGACGGGAUGUGCCGAGGCCUCCACCUCGGACAUUUACAAGAAUGCGCGGUUGGGACACCGCAUCGUCCAGACGCGCUACGGCCGCCUGCACGGACUCAUCCUGCCUCUGGACAGCUUCCGGUUCCUGCGAUCCGUGGAGGUUUUCCUGGGAGUGCCAUAUGCAACUCCACCCACCAAACAGAAUCGAUUUAGCCCCACGCGAGCUCCGGCGCCUUGGGACGGAAUUCGCAUCUCGGAUAAGUACAGUCCCGUCUGUCCGCAGCGCCUGCCCAAUAUCCAGAAUGAGACGGCGGCGCUGGAGAAGAUGCCCAAGGGUCGCCUGGAGUACUUGAAGAGACUGCUGCCCUUCCUGGAGAACCAGUCGGAGGACUGUCUCUACUUGAAUGUCUUUUCGCCGGUCAACGCCGGUGCAAAUGAGAAGAAGUUGCCAGUCAUUGUGUUCAUACACGGCGAGUCCUUCGAGUGGAGCAGCGGCAAUCCCUACGAUGGCAGUGUCCUGGCCAGCUACGGAGAAGUCGUGGUUGUGACCCUCAACUAUCGGUUGGGGAUCUUAGGUUUCCUCAAUGCCAAUCCCAAUCCACAUGCCCAUGCGAGGGUGGCCAACUAUGGACUGAUGGAUCAAAUGGCCGCGCUUCACUGGAUCCAGCAGAAUAUCCAGAAGUUCGGCGGAGAUCCCAACUCGGUGACCUUGGCGGGCCACGGAACUGGGGCGGCCUGCAUCAAUUACCUGAUGACCUCGCCGACCAUGGUCCGUGGUCUCUUCCAUCGUGCCAUCCUGAUGUCAGGCUCUGCCUAUUCGUCCUGGGCGCUGGUCGAAGAUCCAGUACUAUUCGCCAUCAAGCUGGCGAAGGAGGUUAACUGCUCGAUACCCGAGGACAUUAAUCGGCAUCACGAACAGAUUGUCGACUGUCUGAGAGAUGUGCCGCUGGAGGAUCUUUACAGCGCAGACAUUCAGGCGCCAAACUUUCUUACGUCCUUCGGUCCAUCGGUUGAUGGCGUUGUCAUACGACCCGGACAUUCCAAUCUCGAUAUCGAUGAUUUAAUGGCGCGCAACUCCAGGCGUUCGUCAGCGGACUCCGGCUUCCAGUCGAACGCCGGUGGUUCCGGCGGCGGAGGCGGAGGGAAUGGACCCGGCUCCGGUGGAUCCGGCGGCGGGGGAGGAGGAGGAGGCGGCGGCUUCGGAUCGGCAUUCGGAGGGGGAUACGCUGGCGGAGGAGGUGCCGGCUCGGCCAGCAUGGGUGGUCACUAUGACGUCCUGUUUGGCGUCGUUACGGGCGAAUCGAUUUGGCGCUUCAGUGCUCACGACAUUCAAAACGGUUUCGAGGGCGAGAGACGCGAUAAAAUUAUCCGCACUUACGUCCGCAAUGCCUACAAUUACCACCUCAACGAGAUAUUCUAUACGAUCGUCAACGAGUACACGGAUUGGGAUCGCACCUCACAGCAUCCGAUCAACACCCGGGACACGGCAGUGGCCGCCUUGUCCGAUGCCCAGUUCGUGGCCCCUAUUGUGCGGGCCGGCGAUAUCCUGGCGGCCAACUCCCCACCACCAGUAAGCUCCUCCUCGCCCACCGGCUCAGCGGGUGGCAAUGCGGCAGCCUCCACAUCGGCGGGGUCCACGCUGCCCGCGGGUCGGUGUUAUUUCUACGUGUUUGACUACCAGACAAAGGACGGAGACUAUCCCCAGAGGAUGGGCACCGUGCACGGCGAGGACUUGCCCUACAUCUUCGGUGCCCCGCUGGUCGAUGGUUUUAGUCACUUUCCGCAAAACUACACCAAAUCGGAGACGGCUCUGUCCGAGGCGGUGAUGAUAUUCUGGACGAACUUUGCGCGCACCGGCAAUCCAAACGAACACCAUCGCCAGGACUCGUCGCUGCCCGUCUCAAAGGAGCGCAACCGCUUCCGCAGCAUCACCUGGGAGAAUUAUGAUCCGCUGCAUCAAAAGUAUUUGGAAAUAGGAAUGAAACCGCGCAUUAAGAAUCACUUUCGGGCCCAUCAACUCUCGAUUUGGCUGCGUCUGAUACCAGAGCUCCAUCGCGCCGGCAUGGAGGAUGUGAUAGCCAGGCACAAUCUGUUCCGAAAUCACGAUGAUAUGGACCUGUACGAGGGACCCGUUAAGCCGGAUCCGUUCGGCAUAUCAACAGCCACUGGAUCCGCCGGCUCCUCAUCCUCCUCCUCGUCGUCGUCGCGCCUCCUGCUCAUCGAUGAGCAAUUGAUGAUGAAGAAGGGACGCGGCCUGAAUGCCUCAGCCUAUUUGAACGGCAUAUUGGGCGUCACCACCGUCGAGCCGAACAACAUGUAUACGACCUGUAUACCCAUUGGAGGAAACUACUCGGGCGGCGGCGGUGUCUUCGCACCCACCACCCUGGCCAACGCCUCCUCGGACACUCUGGCCUCCGGCUUUGAGGCGGCCGGCUACGCGGCCUAUUCCACGGCGCUCAGUGUGACAAUUGCCAUCGGUUGCAGCCUGCUGAUACUCAAUGUCCUCAUUUUCGCCGGCGUCUAUUACCAGCGGGACAAGACUCGGCUGGAGGUGAAGACCCUGCAGAAGCAGUACCAGCAGCGCAGCCUGCACCAGCAGGUGCCCUAUCCGCCCGAGCCCAUCAAGCAUGCCCACUACCACAUGGGUCACUCGCAGAGCUCCGCCAAUGUCAUCGUGGACGUGGAGAGCCAUCAGGAUCAGGCCGGUCAGGCGGCCAUGUUGCUCCAGGCUGCAGCAGCCGCCGCAGCAGCAGCUGCCAACGACGUGAAAGCACCACCACCGCAUAUCUGCUCUAAUACAGGUAUGCAGCAGCAGCAGCAGGUGGGCGGCGGCAGUGGCGGGGCACUGAACAAUGGCGGAAUUGAGGGUGGCAAGGUGACCACCGACAACCUGGGCAAUGUCACCUACAGCACCAGCUCCAAGCAGCAGCAGCAGCACCAACAACAGCAGCAGCAGCAACAGCAACGCGAACACAUGCAGAUCAAGGGAAUGACCGGCACGCAAACCUUCGGACGCAGUAGCUCCGGCUCGGCGAGUGGAGUCGGCGGAGGGCCCUCUUCUGGCGGCGCCUCCGUUGUGGUCUCCGGCAGCAGCGUGAGCUACAAUCCCGGCAUGAUGACGCUGCCCAAGUCGGGGGGAUUGCACCAUGCGGCCACGUUGAACUAUGCUCGCAACACGGCCGCCUUGAAUCUAGCGGGCGGUGGCACAGCCCUGGUGGACAGUCGCGGGAAUGUCCUGCUCACCAGCACCGCAGUGGGUCCUGGUGCUGGCGGCGGAUCCUCUGGAGGCGGCGGCGGUGGCAGUGGCGGCGGCGGGGACUGCAUGACGCUGCCACGAAAUCUUGGCCUGGCGGGCGCAGGGCGUCACAAUCCCACGACAGCAGAACUCCAGCAAUAUCAACAGCAGCAGCAACAGCAGUCGAGUAAACAUCAGGCCAACGGAGCUGUCCUCACUGGAAUGCAAUCGCACCACAUACGCGGACCACGCCCCCCGCUCCGCACCGCCUCCUCCACGACCACCAACAGUAGCAGCAAUAACUCGGCAAUGGGCGUGGUCGUGUCCGGGGCCGGCGGAGGUGGUGGCAACAUUCUGCUCGAUCAGACGCCUUCCGGGGGCAGUAGCAGCAGCGGCGUGAGCAGUGCUCCCAGCUCCUCGAAAGGCCACCACACCCACUCGCAUUCGCACGCCGCCCACCUAGUGCACACACACGGCGAGGGCAUGGUCCUGACCUCCGCCUCGCCCGUCGGUGUCCAGCAGCAGCACCAGCACCAGCAGCAGCAUCAACAGCAGCAGCAGCAACAGCAGCAGGUGCCGCAGGCGGCCAUGGACGAGAUGCGCGAGUUCUAUGCCCCGAAACGGGCGGAUGAUGAUGGCCAACUCAAUGGGACACCAGCCGAUGCGAACUUAGCUGCAACUGUGGUGGCGGGAAAAGGCGGGACGGGGGGCGGAGGAACUGGAGGUGACCACAAGCAGCGGCAACUGAAGAAGCUGCGAUUCAAGCGGGAAAUGCAUGCCCUGGCGCUGGAGGGCGGAGAUGUGGCCAGGGGCUACUGCUCCUGCGACGAGCAGUGGACCAACUCGUCUUCUCCGACGUCCACCACGACGUCGGCAACCAUGUCGCCGACUCUGCCAGCAACCGGAAGUAGCAACGGGCGCUACGCAACCGGAAGCGGGAGCGGCAGCGGGAUCGUAAAAAUGGCGGCGUCGACGGGGGGGAAGCGGGGCGGGAGGCUCAAGCAGCAGCACCAUGUGCGCUUCUCCGACGAGAAGAACUUCUCGGAUUGAGGAUAAAACCAACUACUAGACUGCACCUAAUCUCUGUUUAGUCAUAGGCUAAUUCCCCGACGGAAAGGGGAAAUCAAACAAAUCAUCAGAAAACCAAACAAGUUGCAUUAAAUUCCGUAGCUAAACGUAGUCGAUAAGGAACCUGUACAUAUAGCUCGAGAAUGUUAGUUAAAUAUCUGUGUUUAGUUGCUCGAUAGAUCUGUUGUGAACUAUAUAUACGCAUAUAUAUAAAUAUAUAUGGAUAUAAUCAAGCUAACGAUACAUACAAUUCGUCAGAUAAGUGUAGCACAAAUGCAUUUUUUCCACUCAUCAAGAAAGUGAAGGCAAACAUUGAUGGUCUUUGUUGAUAAACGAAAGUGUAAAUACUCUAGUCAAAAUAAACAUAAAAUGUGGUAAAAUUUACUUCAAGUAAAUUUAUGAAAGAAAACAAAAAACGAAAAUCACUAAACUAACAAAAACAAAAGCGCUCAAAAUAGAUAAGGAUCAACUAACACAACAAUGAAGGGCAUAAUUGAAAGCAAAUAAAUAGUUUAUCAUUUAAUUAUUGCUCUAAGGACGAGGCAUGAACAUGUGACGCUUCUUUUUUUUCUGUGUACAAAGCGAGAAAACCAAACAGUGUUUAAUUAAACGAUGAUUUUCAACCACAUUUCAAAUUUAAUAAUUAGCAGCACACCUGGGAAUCUCAGCCUAGACGCAACAGGUCAAUUGGAGUUCUGAAAAUGAUAUAUAUCAGAGUCUUAAUGGUUUGUUUUUAAAUAUUCAGAUAUUGUAUUGUAUUUUGUAACAUCCAAUCCUGUUCUCACAAAAGAGGUACCUCAAACUAACAAAAACUGCCAACUGAUAAGCUCAUUUAUUUCAAAACAGAAAUGCUAAUUGUUUCAUUUAUUUAAAAACAACUCUUCCAUCCUAUUCGUAAAUCAUUCUCAUCAAAACUAAUAGAAGGCGUCGCCAAGAAAGCACAGAUAAACCAUAAAAUAUUUGUACUUUUAAGAACAAAAUUUAUAAUCGUCUAGUUUACAUUAUGAAAAAAAAAAGUCGACUUGCAGAAAACACAUAAACUAAAUUAAGUGAUUAAUAUGAAGUAAAAUUAAACUAAACGAAAUAUA